AUGGCGACGCAGAUCGUGCUGGUUCCCCGCAAGCUGCAGCAGCGCACGCCCUCCAUUGUUGACGGGCUGACGCGCGAAGUUGAAAUUUCGCAAAGAAUUUAUGGCUGCCAAUUAAUUCAAAAAGCUGGCAUUCUUUUGAAGCUCGAAGCUGUCACCGUCGCCAGCGCCCAGACCAUCUUGCACAGGUUCUACUACAGAAAGAGCCUCAAAAAGUUCGACGUCAGGCUGGUGGCGACGGCGUCGCUGCUGCUGGCCUGCAAACUGGAAGAAGACCCGCGGCGAGUGAAGAGUUUGAUUGAUGUUGUUCACAUUCUUUCGAAAGCAGAAGACACCAACAAAGACAUUACUCUCGAAAACCUCGACGAACUGCUUCUCGACCAUGACUCCACGGAGUUCGAGCUGGCGCGGUCGGAGACCUUCCGCUGCGAAAGGUACAUCUUGCGCGAGCUAGGGUUUAUGGUUUCGCAAACCCUCGUGCACCCCCACCGCUACAUUCUGCAGUACAUCCACGCCCUCUGCAAGGGCGACUACAUCCCCACCAACAGGCUCUCGCAGAUCGCCUGGGGGUACCUCAACGACAGCAUGCGGACGACGCUGUGCUGCGAAGUGCAGCCGGCAGUGGUGGCUGUGGGGAGCAUCUUCCUGGCUGCAUGCGACUUGUCGAUUCCGCUCGCGAAGGAGACAGGCUGGUACGAACUCUUCGACGUGAGUUGGGAAGAUGUUGUGAAAGUUUGCACUCGGAUUUUGUCUCUGUACAAGCGCGAGCCGCCGCGCUACGCGAAGCUGGCUGAGAGCCGCACUGCAGCAGCAGCAGCAGCAGCAGCAGCGGCGGCCGCGGCGGCCGACGACGAGCUCUCCGGCGAGAGAAACGGCAGGAAGGGAGACGCUGCAGCAGCAGAGGCUGCGCAGCAAGCAGCAGAUGCUGCUGCUGAAGACGCAGCAGCAGCGGACGCCGCGGAUCCCGCGCAAGACGCUGCUGCUGCUGCGGAUUCUGCUGCUGCUGCUGCGGACGCUGCGGCAGAACCAGCUGCUGCUGCUGAUGACGACAUGCAAGUCGACUACGGCGAAAGCGAAAGAACCGCCCAGACCUUCAAAAAAGAAAAAGAAAAAGAAAAGGAAAAAGAAAAAGAAAAAGAAAAAGAAAAGGAAAAAGGCAGAAGUUCCCAAGAAGAGGAAAGGGCGAGGCCGAGGCGGCCGCAGCUGGAAGGAGCCGAUGGCUCUCAUGCUGCUGCAGCGCAUGCUGCUGCAGGAGAUCGCCGGGGGCAGCAGCAAAAGGAGCAGCUGUCGCGGACCACGCAGCAGAUUGCUGCUGCUGCUGCAGCAGAGCUGCGCCGCCGAUCAGCAGCAGCAAAAAGAGAAAGGGGAAGAGAAAGAGAAAGAGAAGGAAGACAAGACUACAGGGAACACAGAAGCAAACCCUCGGACUCCUACCGCAGCAGCCAGAGAGACUCCAGAGAGGACUACAGCAGCCCUCGGCGGUCUCAGUACCAUUCUGGCCUCAGCCCUUCUCGCUCUUCUUCUUCUUUAUCUUCUUCUUUAUCUUCUUCAUCUUCUUCUUCUUCAUCUUCUUCAUCUUCUUCUUCUUUUCCAACAACAAAAUGGGAAAGAUUCAUUUCCCACAGAGACAGAUUCGACGGCAGCAGGGGGCCCUCUUUUAGGGACCGCAGGAGGUACCCAGAAGACUCCCCUUUGGGGCCCCCGGGGGCCCCCGGGGCCCCGGGGGCCCCAGGGGCCCCCGGGGGGCCCCUCGGAGGCCCUUUGGGGGCCCCCUCGCCGAGGAGGGGAGAGGCUGGAGAGGCCGAGGGGAGGGAAAGAAGAAUAAAUGCAAAAAGACAAACUCGACAAGAGUCUCCGAGUGGCAGCGGCCAAAGGCCCAGCAAGUCUGCAGCGUUGAGCAACGGUAGACGCAUGUGA